AGUAGCGCGCGCGCUCCGUUUAAUGAUGCACUAGUCCCUCUGCUGCGCUUUUUUCCCCUGCCGGAUGACCGAAUGUGCGCGCACGCGCGGGCACUCGCCGUCUCAGCAUUUGUCAGGCGCAGCAGCUCCAGCCUCUCCCACAGACCUCACCAUGGCUGACGGAGGAGACGGCGAGGACGAGAUCCAGUUCUUGAGAACGGACGAUGAGGUGGUGCUGCAGUGCUCAGCCACGGUCCAUAAAGAACAACAGAAACUCUGCCUCGCUGCUGAAGGUUUUGGAAACAGACUCUGCUUUCUUGAGUCCAUCUCCAACUCUAAGAAUGUUCCUCCAGAUCUUUCCAUUUGCACUUUUGUCUUGGAGCAGUCGUUGUCUGUUAGAGCCCUCCAGGAGAUGCUGGCCAACAUCAAGGAAAAGUCCGACGGGGGAGGGGGGCAUCGUACUCUGCUGUAUGGUCAUGCUGUCUUACUGCGGCACUCCUACAGUGGAAUGUUCCUGUGCUGCCUGUCCACAUCCCGCUCUUCCACAGACAAACUAGCCUUCGAUGUUGGAUUGCAAGAAAACACUACAGGAGAGGCAUGCUGGUGGACCAUUCAUCCUGCAUCAAAACAACGGUCGGAAGGAGAGAAGGUCAGAGUGGGAGAUGAUCUCAUUCUGGUCAGCGUCUCCUCUGAGAGAUAUCUGCAUCUGUCCUACGGCAACUGCAGCCUCCAUGUGGACGCAGCCUUCCAGCAGACGCUUUGGAGCGCGGCCCCAAUCUGCUCUGGGAGUGAGGUAGCACAAGGUUUCCUAAUUGGUGGGGACGUUCUACGCCUGCUCCUUGGUCAUAUGGACGAGUGUCUGACUGUUCCAUCUGGAGAGCAAGGGGACGAGCAGAGGAGGACAGUGCACUAUGAGGGGGGAGCAAUCUGCACUCACGCUCGGUCCUUGUGGAGGCUGGAGACUCUGCGGGUCAUGUGGAGUGGCAGCCAUAUCCGUUGGGGUCAGCCUUUCAGACUCAGACAUGUGACCACUGGGAAGUAUCUGAGUCUCACAGAAGAGAAGUCUCUGCUACUGAUAGACAAAGAGAAGGCGGACGUUAAAUCCACUGCCUUCUGCUUCAGGUCCUCAAAGGAAAAAUCCGACCCUGGUGUGAAGAAGGAGGUGGAUGGUAUGGGCACUCCUGACAUAAAAUAUGGCGACUCUGUGUGUUAUAUCCAACACGUGGAAACCUGCCUUUGGCUCACCUACCAGACUGUUGAUGCAAAGUCCGUUCGCAUGGGCGGGGUGCAGAGGAAGGCUAUCAUGCAUCAUGAAGGUCAUAUGGAUGACGGGCUCACCCUGUCCAGGUCACAGCACGAGGAGAGUCGUACUGCCAGGGUCAUCCGCAGCACCGUAUUUCUCUUCAACCUUUUCAUCAGAGGUCUGGACAUGCUGAGGAAGCAAGGGAGGAGUUCUGCCUUUAAUCUACCAAUAGAUUCAGUGAGCUUAAGUCUGCAGGAUCUUAUUGGUUACUUUCAGCCACCUGGAGAGCACAUGGACCAUGAGGAGAGGCAGAACCGUCUGAGAGCUUUGAAGAACAGGCAGAACCUCUUCCAAGAGGAGGGCAUGAUCAGCCUGGUCCUGGACUGCAUCGAUCGUCUGCAUGUGUACAACAGCACCGCUCACUUUGCAGAUGUGGUUGGACACGUGGCUGCAGAGGCCUGGAGCUCUAUCCUGAACUCCCUCUAUCAGCUGCUGGCUGCACUUAUAAGACGAAACCGAAAAAACUGUGCCCAGUUUUCCGGCUCACUUGACUGGCUGAUAAGCAGACUGGAGCGGCUGGAGGCCUCCUCAGGUAUACUGGAGGUUCUUCACUGUGUGCUGGUGGAAAGUCCUGAAGCUCUAAAUAUCAUCAAAGAAGGACAUGUAAAAUCUAUCAUCUCCCUCCUGGACAAGUAUGGACGAAACCACAAGGUUCUGGAUGUGUUGUGCUCUCUGUGUGUGUGUAACGGCGUGGCCGUGCGCUCCAAUCAGCACCUGAUCUGCGACAACCUGCUGCCAGGAAGAGACCUGCUGCUGCAGACGCGCCUCGUCAACCACGUCAGCAGUAUGCGACCCAACAUCUUCCUGGGUGUCAGUGAUGGUUCCGCCCAAUACAGGAAGUGGUACUAUGAGGUAAUCGUGGACCAGGCUUUGCCAUUUGUCACGGCAGAACCCACUCACCUUAGAGUGGGCUGGGCCAACACCAGUGGCUAUGCACCGUACCCCAGUGGGGGAGAGGGCUGGGGAGGCAAUGGGGUGGGGGAUGACCUCUUCUCCUACGGCUUUGAUGGACUUCAUCUGUGGUCAGGUUGCAUUGCUCGGACUGUUAGUUCACCCAACCAGCAUCUGCUGCGCUCUGAAGAUGUGGUCAGCUGCUGCCUGGAUCUGAAUGUUCCCAGCAUUUCCUUCAGGAUCAAUGGCCAGCCAGUUCAGGGCAUGUUUGAGAACUUCAACUCGGAUGGCCUGUUCUUCCCAGCAGCCAGCUUCAGUGCAGGUGUCAGGGUGCGUUUCCUCCUUGGGGGGCGUCAUGGGGAGUUCAAAUUCCUCCCCCCUGCAGGCUAUGCCCCAUGCUGUGAGGCUGUGCUUCCCAGGGAGAAGCUAAAGUUGGAGGCCAGUCAGGACCAGACUGCAGCCAGAGAGUUGCUGGGACCCACCGUCACUUUGAGCCAGGCAGCAUUCACCCCUACGCCAGUGGACACCAGCCAGAUAGUUCUGCCACUUCACCUGGAAAGAAUCCGAGAGAAACUGGCAGAAAAUAUCCACGAGCUGUGGGUGAUGAACAAGAUCGAUCUGGGCUGGACAUAUGGAAUGGUUCGAGAUGAUAACAAGCGGCAGCACCCUUGUCUGGUGGAGUUUUCUAAGCUUCCUGAACAAGAGCGAAGCUACAACCUGCAGAUGUCCUUGGAGACCCUGAAGACUUUGCUGGCGUUGGGCUGCCACGUUGGACUGGCUGAUGAAAAGGCUGUGGGAAGAGUGAAGAGCCUGGAGCUGUCACCAACAUACGAGUUGUCAAGUGGUUAUAAACCUGCACCUCUUGACCUGAACCACAUCAAGUUGACUCCCAGCCAGGAGGCCAUGGUAGACAAGCUGGCAGAAAAUGCUCACAAUGUCUGGGCAAGAGAUCGCAUUCGGCAAGGCUGGACUUACGGCAUCCAGCAGGAUUUGAAGAACCGCAGGAACCCUCGUUUGGUCCCCUAUACCCUGUUGGAUGAAAGAACCAAAAAGUCCAACAAAGACAGCUUAAGAGAGGCUGUUAGAACGCUACUAGGGUAUGGAUACAACCUGGAAGCUCCGGACCAGGACCAUGCAACUCAGUCUGAUUCCAGCAGUUUGUCUGCUGAGAGAUUCCGGAUCUUCCGAGCAGAGAAAACUUACUGCGUUCAUUCUGGGAAGUGGUACUUUGAACUGGAGGUUCUGACUUUCGGAGAGAUGAGGGUGGGCUGGGCCAGACCCGGCUGUCUGCCAGAUCAGGAGCUGGGAUCCGAUGACCAGGCCUUUGUUUUUGAUGGUUUUAAGGUCCAACGCUGGCACCAGGGGAACGAGCACUUUGGGCGAGCUUGGCAGGCUGGUGACGUAGUGGGCUGCAUGGUGGAUCUGAACGAGCACACCAUGAUGUUCACGCUCAAUGGGGAGGUGCUCCUUGAUGACUCUGGGUCUGAACUGGCCUUCAAAGACUUUGAAGUUGAAGACGGUUUCAUCCCUGUGUGCAGUCUGGGUGUGUGCCAGGUGGGGAGGAUGAACUUUGGGAAGGACGUCAGCACUCUCAGAUACUUUACCAUAUGCGGCCUGCAGGAGGGCUACGAGCCUUUUGCUGUCAAUGUGAACCGCGACGUGACCAUGUGGCUCAGCAAGAGGCUGCCUCAGUUCGUGCCGGUUCCCCCCAACCAUCAGCACAUCGAGGUAUCCAGAAUCGAUGGGACAGUGGAAUGUUGUCCCUGCUUGAAGGUCACCCAGAGGUCAUUUGGCUCCCAAAACAGCCACACGGAUAUCACCUUCUACAGACUCAGCAUGCCUAUCGAGUGUGCUGAGUGGAGAUCUGGAGCCAGUGGCAACCUCUUCUCAUCCAAGAAGGAGCUGGAUGAUUUUGAAACCGUCUCAGACUUUGAAGUCCUGAUAAAGUCGUCCCAUGGCCACAGUGUUUCCAACAUUCCUAGUGUUCCUGGUGGACCAGAGAAAGAUGAAUUUAACAACCACAAAGAUUACAACCAAGAGAAGUCGUCCAAGGUCAAACAGAGGUUCCUUCUAAAGAGGAACAAGACAGACAGCAGCAGCCAUCAAUCAGCUCAUCUGUCUGAGGAGGCGGGGUCUGAUGACAGGGAGGGCUAUGAGCUUCUCCUGCAUACGUCUGUGUACUACUAUUCGGUGCGGAUCUUUCCGGGUCAGGAGCCCAGCAGCGUGUGGGUAGGAUGGGUGACCUCUGAUUUUCAUCAGUACGAUCCUGGUUUUGAGCUCCACAAGGUCCGAACUGUCACAGUUACCCUUGGAGACGAGAAGGGAAAAGUUCAUGAAAGUAUAAAGCGCAGCAACUGCUUCAUGGUGUGGGCUGGAGAGAGCAGCAGCACUGGUGGUCAAGGGAGGAACAAUACCGGCUUAGAGAUCGGAUGUCUGGUGGACACUACAACUGGUCUGCUAAGCUUUACAGCCAACGGGAAGGAGCUCAGCACCUACUUCCAGGUGGAGCCCAGCACAAAGCUUUUCCCAGCAGUCUUUGCAAAGGCUACCAGUCCCAAUGUCUUCCAGUUUGAACUUGGCUGUGUAAAGAACACCAUGCCGCUGUCUGCUGGUUUGUUUAGGAGCGAAAGAAGGAACCCUGUCCCCCAGUGUCCUCCUCGGCUCCAUGUCCAGUUCCUCACUCCUGUGCUUUGGAGUCGUGUUCCUAACCACUUCCUCAGGGUUUCAGCCUCCAGAGUGAACGAUCGACACGGCUGGCUGCUCCAGUGUGAUCAGCCUCUUCAGUUUAUGUCUCUGCACAUACCUGAGGAGAACAGGUCUGUUGACAUCCUGGAGCUUUCAGAACAGAAGGACUUGCUGAGAUUUCAUUACCACACCCUCAGACUUUACUCCGCCAUCUGUGCUCUUGGGAAUAACCGAGUGGCUCACGCUCUUUGCUCCCAUGUGGAUGAGGCGCAGCUGUUGCAGGCUAUACAGAACAAGUACAUGCCAGGUUUACUUCGAGCAGGCUACUAUGACCUCCUGAUCGACAUCCACCUCAGAAGCUACGCCACCGCUCGGCUCAUGAUGAACAACGAGUACAUCGUUCCCAUGACUGAGGAAACCAAAAGCAUAACCCUGUUCCCAGAUAAAGGGAAGAAGCAUGGCCUGCCGGGAAUCGGACUUAGCACCUCUCUGCGACCCAGAAUGCAUUUCUCCUCUCCAAGUUUUAUCCGAGUGGCAGGAUCCAUGCUGAGUAGCACCACUGGAUCAGGGUCUUUCUUUCAGUUCAGCCCAGAGUUCCCCCUGGACACUUUGAAGGUCAAAACUAUCGAGAUGCUGACAGAAGCAGUGCAGGAGGGCAGCAUGCAUGUGAGGGAUCCCAUCGGUGGGAGCACAGAGUUUCUGUUUGUGCCCCUAGUUAAGCUGGUCUACACCAUGCUCAUCAUGGGAGUCUUCCAGGACGGAGACCUGAAGAAGAUUCUUCAGCUCAUUGAACCAUCCGUGUUCUCAGAGUACAGAGAAGAGGCUGGUGAGAAGUCCGGAUCGAUGAACCUGGAGAAGCUCAGCAGGGGAGAAGAUGGAGGGAAGAGCGUUCCCAAAGAAGGACUUUUGCAGAUGAAGCUGCCAGAACCAGUAAAGCUCCAGAUGUGCCAUGUGCUUCAGUACCUGUGCGACUGCCAGGUGCGGCACCGUAUCGAGGCGGUGGUUGCUUUCUCAGAUGACUUCGUGGCUUGUCUUCAGGAUAACCAGCGGUACCGCUACAACGAGGUGAUGCUAGCACUCAACAUGUCAGCAGCCCUCACCGCCAAGAAAACCAAAGAGUUCAGAUCCCCCCCACAGGAACAGAUCAACAUGUUGCUGAACUUUAAGGGCGAAAAGCAGGAUGGUCCUUGUCCGGAAUUUAUCCGGGAACAACUGCUGGAUUUCCAUGAAGACCUGAUGCGACACUGCGGCAUUGAGCUGGACGAUGAUAUAGCCAUUGAUGGCGACAACGACUUCACCUUCAGAGGGCGCCUUAUGUUGUUGGUGGAGAAAGUAUCAGCUCUUAAGAAAAAGAUCGGCAACCCACCAAAGGAGAAGGACAGACAGCCCAGUACUUUACAGCAGCUCAUUUCAAACACGAUGGUCAGCUGGGCUCAAGAAUCUGUGAUUGAAGAUCCAGAUCUGGUCAGGGCAAUGUUUGUCCUGCUGCACCGCCAGUAUGACGGUAUAGGCGGCCAGGUGCAUGCUCUUCCGAAGACCUACACCAUAAACUCUGUAUCAGUUGAGGACACCAUUAACCUACUGGCUGCCCUGGGUCAGAUCAGAUCUCUGCUGAGUGUCCGUAUGGGCAAAGAGGAGGAGAAAUUGAUGAUCCGGGGGUUGGGUGACAUCAUGAAUAACAAGGUGUUCUACCAGCAUCCCAACCUGAUGAGAGCUCUGGGCAUGCAUGAGACUGUCAUGGAGGUCAUGGUCAACGUUCUUAGCGGUGGAGACUCCAAGGAAAUCACCUUCCCCAAAAUGGUGGCCAACUGUUGUCGCUUCCUGUGCUACUUCUGUCGAAUCAGCCGGCAGAAUCAGAAGGCCAUGUUUGACCAUCUCACCUAUCUGCUGGAGAACAGCAGUGUUGGUCUUGCAUCUCCAUCAAUGAGAGGGUCCACUCCCCUGGAUGUAGCUGCAGCGUCUGUCAUGGACAACAACGAGCUAGCCUUGGCUUUAAGAGAGCCAGACCUGGAGAAGGUAGUACAGUACCUGGCUGGCUGUGGGCUGCAGAGCUGCAUUAUGCUGGUCCAUGAAGGAUAUCCAGACAUCGGCUGGAAUCCUGUGGAAGGCGAGCGUUACCUGGACUUCCUGCGCUUUGCUGUCUUCUGUAACGGGGAGAGUGUGGAGGAGAACGCUAACGUUGUGGUGAGGCUUCUCAUUCGCCGGCCAGAAUGUUUUGGCCCCGCCCUUCGUGGUGAGGGUGGUGAUGGGUUACUGGCAGCAAUGAAGGAAGCAAUUAGGAUUUCUGAAGAUCCCUCCAGAGACGGUCCUUCUCCAACAUCUGAGAGCAGCAAAAGCCUCAGUGACUUGUUAGGGGAGGAGGAAGAUGACACCAUCCACAUGGGGAACGCCAUCAUGACGUUCUACUCUGCUCUUAUUGACCUAUUGGGUCGCUGUGCUCCAGAGAUGCAUCUAAUCCAUGCCAGCAAAGGUGAGGCAAUCCGCAUUCGAGCCAUUUUAAGGUCUCUGAUUCCACUUGAGGACCUGGUGGGUGUUAUCAGCAUUCCCUUCUCCAUGCCCAAUGAGGCCAAAGAUGGGGUGGUUGUGGAGCCAGACAUGUCGGCAGGUUUCUGUCCAGACCACAAAGCUGCCAUGGUCCUGUUUCUAGAUCGUGUUUAUGGCAUAGAAGACCAGAAUUUUCUCAUGCACCUCCUUGAAGUUGGGUUCUUGCCUGAUUUAAGAGCUGCUGCCUCACUGGACACUGUUGCUCUCAGCGCCACUGACAUGGCACUUGCCCUCAACCGGUACCUGUGCACUGCAGUGCUGCCUCUUCUAACCAAGUGUGCUUCUCUGUUUGCUGGCACCGAGCCCUUUGCCUCCCUUAUUGACUCCCUCCUCCAUACGGUGUAUCGUCUGUCCAAAGGUGGCUGCUUGACCAAAGCUCAGAGAGACUCCAUCGAGGAGUGUCUGCUGGCGGUGUGUGGCAAACUGAGGCCUUCCAUGAUGCAGCACCUGCUGAGGAGGCUGGUGUUUGACGUUCCACUGCUCAAUGACCACACCAAGAUGCCUCUGAAGCUGCUGACCAAUCACUACGAGCGAUGCUGGAAGUAUUACUGCCUGGCUGGAGGCUGGGGGAGUUAUGGAGCAGCGUCUGAGGAAGAACUUCACCUCUCCAGGAAGCUUUUCUGGGGAAUUUUUGAUGCCCUGUCCUGCAAGCGCUAUGACCAGGAACUUUUCAAGCUGGCUCUGCCAUGCCUCAGCGCCGUGGCUGGAGCUCUUCCUCCGGACUACAUGGAGUCCAACUACAUGGCCAUGAUGGAGAAGCAGUCAUCCAUGGAUGCAGAAGGAAACUUCACACCGCAGCCUGCAGAUACCUCCAAUGUGACCAUCCCUGAAAAACUGGACUAUUUCAUCAGUAGAUAUGCAGAACACAACCAUGAAAAGUGGUGCACAGAGAAGAUUUCCAGUGGAUGGUCACACGGAGAAACCAUGUGUGAAAGCAGCAAAAGCCAUCCUCUUCUGAAGCCUUACAAGAGCCUCAUUGAAAAGGACAGAGACAUGUACUGCUGUUCAGUCAGAGAGUCUCUAAAGACCAUGUUGUCGUGGGGCUGGUGCAUCGAUCGGAGUCGGGAAGGAGACCCUUCCAGUCUCCAUAACAAAUCAAGGCGUAUAUCUCAAAGCAGCCAGUUUUCUUUCGAAGGAGCUCCAGCUUUCACUCCAAGACCCAUCGAUAUGAGCAACGUUACCCUGUCCACAGAGAUGCAGUCCAUGGCAGAGCUGCUGGCAGAGAAUUACCACAACAUUUGGGCCAGGAAGAAGAAAAUGGAGCUGGAAGCCAAAGGUGGAGGAAGCCAUCCCCUGCUGGUCCCAUAUGACACUUUGACUGCCAAAGAAAAAUCAAAAGACAAAGAGAAGGCUCAGGAUAUCCUUAAGUUCCUCCAGAUCAAUGGAUACACUGUUUCCAGAGGCCCAAAGUCGCAUGAACUAGACACUCCAGCUAUAGAAAAAAGAUUUGCCUACACAUUCCUGCAGAAGCUCAUCGCAUAUGUGGAGCACGCUUACCAACAUAUGAUGGACUUUGAUGUUGCUACGAGAAGAAAGGGAGAGAAGAUUCCUCAUGAACAGCAGAUCAAGUUCUUUGGAAAAGUGGUCUUACCCUUGGUAGACCAGUACUUUAAAAACCACAGGUUGUAUUUCCUAUCUACGGUCAUUCAUCCAAUCAGCAGUGGGGGCCAUGCCUCCAAUAAGGAAAAAGAGAUGGUGACGAGUCUCUUCUGCAAACUGGGAGUUCUUGUCAGACACAGGAUAUCCUUAUUUGGGAACAAUGCAACAUCCAUUGUCAACUGCCUGCAGAUCCUGGGACAAAGCCUUGAUGCCAGGACGGUGAUGAAGACUGGUCUUGAGUUGGUGAAAGCGGCUUUGCGGUCGUUCUUCACCAGUGUGGCUGAGGACUUGGAGAAGACCCAGGAGAACCUGAAACUGGGUCAGUUCACUCACAAUAGAGAGCAGCCACGGGGCGUCACCCAGAUCAUCAACUACACCAUUUUUGCCUUGUUGCCUGUGCUCUCCUCACUUUUUGAGCACAUUGGACAGAACAUGUUCGGAGAAGACCUCAUGUUGGAUGAUAUCCAGGUCUCCUGCUACAGAAUCCUGAACAGCCUCUACUUCCUGGGAACCAACAAAAGCAUCUUUGUGGAGAGGCAGCGACCAGCAUUAGGGAAGUGCCUGGCUGCCUUCUCAGCAGCUUUCCCCGUCGCUUUCUUGGAGCCUCACAUUAACAAGUUCAACAGCUUUUCCGUCUACAACAGCAAAGGCAGCAGUGACAGAGCAGCUUUAGGCCUCGUGGGGCCAGUGGGAGACAUCUGUCCUUUAGUCCCGAACCUGCAUAAGUCUUUGGAAGAGAUUAUGGAACUUGCAGAGUCUGGUGUGAAAUACACACAGAUGCCUCAUGUCAUGGAGGUGGUGCUGCCGAUGCUGUGCAGCUAUAUGUCUCAUUGGUGGGAGCACGGACCAGAAAACAACCCGGGGAAGGCAGACACUUGCUGUUCCUGUGUUACUUCUGAACACAUGAACACUCUGCUGGGAAACAUUCUAAAGAUAAUCUACAACAAUUUGGGAAUUGACGAAGGCGCCUGGAUGAAGAGGCUGGCAGUCUUCUCACAGCCCAUCAUUAGCAAAGCCAAACCUCAGCUGCUCCGGACCCACUUCCUACCUCUGAUGGAAAAACUCAAGAAAAAAGCAGCAGUUGUGUUGAUGGAUGAGGAGCACAGCAGGGCUGAAGGGAGGGGCGAGAUGUCCGAAAGAGAGCUGCUCAUCAUGGACCAGUUUACCGUUUUGGUCAGAGACCUGUAUGCCUUCUACCCACUUCUCAUCCGGUUUGUGGAUUAUAACAGGGCCCGGUGGUUGAAGGAGUCCAACCCGGAUGCAGAAGAGCUGUUUGGAAUGGUGGCAGAGGUCUUCAUCUUUUGGGCCAAGUCUCAUAACUUCAAAAGAGAAGAACAGAACUUUGUGGUCCAGAAUGAAAUCAACAACAUGUCCUUCCUGAUAUCUGACACAAAGUGCAAGAUGUCAAAGGGGAUAGUUUCAGACCAGGAGAGGAAGAAGAUGAAGAGGAAGGGAGACAGAUACUCAAUGCAGACGAGUCUGAUUGUUGCCACCUUGAAGCGUCUGCUACCUGUGGGCCUGAACACCUGUGCUCCUGGAGAGCAGGACCUCAUCUCGCUAGCUAAGAGCCGCUUCUCUCAGAAAGACACAGAGGAAGAAGUCAGAGAAACCUUGAGGAACAAUCUGCACCUGCAGGGGAAGCUGGAGGAUCCAGCUAUCCGCUGGCAAAUGGCAUUGUACAGGGACCUCCCCCACCACCAAGAACACACCUCUGACCCAGAAAAGACUGUGGAGAGAGUCCUGGUCAUCGCUCAUGUUCUCUUCCACCUGGAUCAGGUGGAGCAUCCCCAACGCAGCAAGAAGGCAGUGUGGCAUAAGCUUCUGUCUAAGCAGAGGAAAAGAGCCGUGGUGGCCUGCUUCAGAAUGGCGCCACUCUACAACUUGCCCAGACACCGCGCUGUGAACCUGUUCCUGCAGGGCUAUGAGAAGUCAUGGAUUGAAGCAGAGGAGCAUUACUUUGAAGACCAACUCAUUGAGGACUUAGCUAAAGCAGGGGAGCAGGAGCCAGCUGAAGAGGAGGAGGGGAUGAAGCACAUGGAUCCUCUGCAUCAGCUAAUCCAGCUCUUCAGCCGGACAGCACUCACAGAGAAAUGUAAACUAGACGAGGACAAUCUCUACAUCGCCUACGCUGACAUCAUGGCUAAGAGUUGCCAUGACGAGGAGGAAGAAGAUGGGGAAGUCAAGAGUUUUGAAGAAAAGGAGAUGGAGAAGCAGAAGCUGUUGUACCAGCAGGCACGACUGCAUGACCGCGGAGCAGCAGAGAUGGUGCUUCAGACCAUCAGCGCUAGUAAAGGUGAAAUGGGACCUAUGGUGGCAUCUACUCUCAAACUGGGCAUUGCUAUUCUCAAUGGAGGAAACUCCAAAGUGCAGCAGAAAAUGUUGGAUUAUUUGAAAGACAAGAAGGACGUGGGCUUCUUUCAAAGUCUGGCGGGUUUAAUGCAGUCGUGCAGUGUUCUGGACCUGAAUGCGUUUGAGCGGCAGAACAAAGCAGAGGGUUUGGGGAUGGUGACAGAGGAAGGUUCAGUCAUCAGUCAUGAGCGUGGUGAGAAGGUCAUGCAGGAUGAUGAGUUUACCUGUGACCUUUUCCGCUUCCUGCAGCUGCUUUGUGAAGGACACAACUCAGACUUCCAGAACUAUUUGAGGACACAAACAGGGAACAAUACAACUGUCAACAUCAUCAUCUCCACUGUGGAUUAUUUACUCAGAGUUCAGGAGUCUAUCAGUGACUUUUACUGGUUUUAUUCUGGGAAAGAUGUCAUUGAUGAGCAGGGUCAGAGAAACUUCUCCAAGGCCAUAAACGUUGCCAAGCAGGUGUUCAACACCCUGACAGAAUACAUCCAGGGUCCAUGCACAGGAAACCAGCAGAGUCUGGCACACAGCCGAUUGUGGGAUGCCGUUGUUGGUUUUCUGCAUGUUUUUGCUCACAUGCAGAUGAAAUUAUCUCAGGACUCUAGUCAGAUUGAGUUACUAAAGGAACUGAUGGAUCUGCAGAAAGACAUGGUGGUCAUGCUGCUGUCGAUGCUGGAAGGUAAUGUCGUAAAUGGCACAAUUGGAAAGCAGAUGGUGGACAUGUUGGUGGAGUCUUCCAACAAUGUGGAGAUGAUCCUCAAGUUCUUCGAUAUGUUUCUCAAAUUGAAAGACCUCACAUCAUCAGAUGCCUUCAAGGAGCAUGACCCUGAUGGAAAAGGCGUUAUCUCCAAGCGGGACUUCCAUAAGGCUAUGGAGAGUCACAAACACUACACACAGACUGAGACAGAGUUCCUGCUAUCCUGCACUGAGACUGAUGAGAACGAACUCCUGGACUAUGAGGAGUUUGUGGAGCGUUUUCAUGAACCAGCCAAGGACAUUGGCUUUAAUGUAGCUGUUCUGCUUACCAACCUGUCUGAGCACAUGCCCCAUGACACCCGGCUGCAAACCUUUCUGGAGCUGGCAGAAAGUGUCCUAAACUACUUCCAGCCAUACUUGGGCCGCAUCGAGAUAAUGGGCAGUGCCAAGCGGAUCGAGAGGGUCUACUUUGAGAUCAGUGAGUCCAGCCGGACUCAGUGGGAGAAACCUCAGGUCAAAGAGUCCAAACGUCAGUUCAUCUUUGAUGUAGUGAAUGAAGGAGGGGAGAAGGAGAAGAUGGAGCUGUUUGUGAAUUUCUGUGAGGACACCAUUUUUGAAAUGCAGCUAGCGGCUCAGAUGUCUGAUGCCGGCGAGCGGCUAGCUAUGAAGGAGGAUGGCGAGCGUGAGAAGUCGGAGGAGGACAGUGCUGAUGCAGGCUUCUUCUCCAUGAGCACAGUGUACAUGGCUCUGCUUGCUCUGCGCUACAACCUCCUUCUGCUGAUUAAGGUGCUGUCCAUGAAGAGCUUGAAGAAGCAGAUUAAGAAGAUAAAGAACAUGACGAUGAAGGAUAUGGUGACCACCCUGGUCUCCUUCUACUGGUCCCUCCUGCUGGCCCUUCUCCAUGUGGUGUUCAGCGUGACUCGAGGAUUUUGCAGAAUCUUCUAUAAUACCUUCAUGGGAGGAAAUCUGGUGGAGGGGGCCAAAACCAUAAAGGUGUCAGAGCUGCUGGCCAAUAUGCCUGACCCCACCCAGGAUGAGGUGCGAGGGGAAGGGGAGGACAGGGAAAAGAGGCCAACUGACCGUAGCACCCCCAGCAAGGACUUGGCUGACCUGGCCUUAAACACCGGCGAGAGCGAGCUGCUGUCAGACAUUUUUGGUUUGGACCUGAGGAAGGAGGGGGGGCAGUACAGGAUCACACCUCAUAACCCUGACACCAGCCUCACUGAGCUCCUCAACUCCCCGGCGCCCCCUCCAUCACUGCCUGCUGCAGCCGAGCCUGAACUCCGGCAAAGGCAUCAGUCCAGGAGUUGUUUCGAUGAAAAUGACACAACAACACAAGCUGCAGCUGAAACAGAGAAGUCCUCUGAAGGCAUGGAGACAUCUGAGACACUGCAGAAGAAUGAGAAGAUGAAAGCAAAAGUGCGACGACACCACAGCUACAGGUGUGAUGAGCCUGAUCUGCAGGAGUCUGCCUUCCUAAAGAAGAUUAUCGCCUACCAGAGGAAGCUCCUGAACUACUUUGCCAGAAACUUUUACAACAUGAGGAUGCUGGCGCUGUUUGUUGCCUUUGCCAUCAAUUUCAUUCUCCUCUUCUAUAAGGUUUCCACCUCUUCAUCUCUGGUUGAGGGAAAGGAGGCAGUUUAUAGCAGCAGCAGUGUCCAGUGGGAGCAUCAGCCUGAAGAAUGGUUGGAGGCUAAAGAGAGAGGGAUGGAGGGGAACGGCAAGCCAGCGAAGCCAAUCACAGUCCGGUUUGUCCUGGAAGAAAGCAGUGGAUACAUGGAGCCCAUGCUACGGAUCCUAGCUGUUCUGCACACAGUCAUCUCCUUCUUCUGCAUCAUUGGAUAUUACUGCCUAAAGGUCCCCCUAGUGAUCUUCAAGCGGGAAAAGGAAGUAGCCCGAAAGCUGGAGUUUGAUGGUCUCUACAUCACAGAACAGCCUUCAGAGGAUGAUAUCAAAGGACAGUGGGACAGACUCGUGAUCAACACUCAAUCUUUCCCCAACAACUACUGGGAUAAGUUUGUGAAAAGGAAAGUGAUGGACAAGUAUGGAGAAUUUUAUGGUCAUGACCGCAUCAGUGAGUUGCUAGGAUUGGACAAGGCAGCUCUGGAUUUCAGUGACACUCAAAAGAAGCGAAAACACAGAAGAGACAGCUCCCUGGCAACUGUUCUCAACUCCAUUGAUGUUAAGUACCAGAUCUGGAAGCUUGGGGUUGUAUUUACAGACAACUCCUUUCUGUACCUGGCUUGGUACAUGACCGUGUCCAUUCUUGGUCACUACAACAACUUCUUCUUUGCUGCUCAUCUGCUGGACAUCGCCAUGGGAUUCAAAACGUUGCGCACCAUCCUAUCGUCAGUCACACACAACGGAAAACAGCUGGUGCUGACAGUCGGCCUAUUGGCUGUGGUUGUGUACCUCUACACGGUUGUAGCCUUUAACUUCUUCAGGAAGUUUUACAACAAGAGUGAGGACGGCGAGCUGCCAGACAUGAAAUGUGAUGACAUGCUAACAUGCUACAUGUUUCACAUGUACGUGGGUGUACGGGCCGGCGGGGGCAUUGGAGACCAAAUCGAAGACCCAGCAGGCGAUGAAUAUGAGAUCUACCGCAUCAUCUUUGACAUCACCUUCUUCUUCUUUGUUAUUGUCAUCCUGCUGGCCAUUAUUCAGGGACUGAUUAUUGAUGCCUUUGGGGAGCUGAGGGACCAGCAGGAGCAAGUAAAGGAAGACAUGGAGACCAAAUGCUUCAUCUGUGGAAUUGGUAACGAUUAUUUUGACACCGUUCCACAUGGCUUUGAAACGCACACACUGCAUGAGCAUAACCUGGCAAACUACCUAUUCUUCUUGAUGUAUCUUAUCAACAAGGAUGAAACGGAGCACACAGGCCAGGAGUCUUACGUAUGGAAGAUGUACCAGGAGCGCUGUUGGGAGUUCUUCCCUGCCGGCGACUGUUUCCGAAAGCAGUAUGAGGAUCAACUCAACUGAGCUGCUGUGACCCACUAUAGCAGCACCACCUAGUACACACCCCCUACCUCCAUUAGAUAUCUGCUGUCCCUCUGCAGCCAACUCACCGCCACAACAACUACUGUGAGCCACUUCCUUGUCCAGGAACUUCCAGCUUCUUCAUAGAGAUGCUUGGCUAACUGCAGCAGUUCAUCCUCAGACCUGCAACCCCUGCAGAGCUCCUCCAGCCCUGAACACAGAUCCUCUGUGAUCUCCUUGGCUGGAGACUCAUAUUCUUACAACUCACAAACAUUAUACAUGAAAAAAAAAGAAAAGAAAUGAUGGUCAGAAGAACUUGCACCAAUGGAUGUUCCGCACAGAAAUAGAAAAACAAAAAGCUCUGAGUUCUGCAACAGGAUUCUCGUCUCAUGAAUGUGAUGCUUUACUCGUGUAAGAAGUGGAGACACACAAGCUGACCACAAAAAGCUUCAUGUCAGGAAAUGUGACUGCACGAGUUCAAGUCAAGUUGGUCCAACUGACCUGAGUGACCUGGAAACUCAGCUAAAGUCCAGACCAGAUAACCAACAACCAGCAGCUGCAGGCAUCCAUAUUCACUUAUGUUAAGCAACCAUGGGCAUUUAACUGUUAUUGGCAGCUGCUGGUCAUGUCUGUCACUGAAAUUCAUCUUCAUAAACCAUCCGCCGUCCAUAAAUAAUUCAAACCUGCUGACUGGGACCAAAACCUUGCUCCACACAACUGAACCACCUUCAAAAAACUUUCCAGUCUAUUUUCUGUCAGUCAUCUUUGAAACUCUCCGCCAAUAUUACAGACUCUUCAUGAAAUGUUUGAAAAACCAACAUGCGUAGCUGUUAACAGUUUGUAUCAGCCAUUCUUUUGUCUGAAAGAAGAAUGUGCUGCAGGUUAAAUAGUUUUCAUUUUCAGAUUCUGUCUCAGCACCACAUUUGUUCAUCUUCUCUUUCUGAGGCAUGACCAGAGCAGCACAAAAUACAUUUUCCAAUCAACAUCCAGACUUCUGGAUUAUGGAACCUUCAUUUACAGAAGACACAAAUAUGACAUUUAUAAAAUGACAUUUUUGGUUCAAAAAAACCUUUUGAACAGAUCCAUGUUUUGCUGAAUGUUUGUACCAACCUACGGGGAAGUGUUUUCAAAACCCGCUGCUCAAACCUGCAGUUGCAAGUCAGACAAGACAUGCACGUCAGUGUGCACAGUGGCAGCAGAGUGAAGGGAGUUCUGAGCUGGUGCUGCGUCGCGUAUGAAGCUCCAAAAGUGCUUCUGCAAACUCAGUCGAAGAUCUCCCGACCUUCUGGAGGAGAACCUGUCUGUCCACCCCUGCCGCUCCUCAUGGUUUCCUUCUAUUCCUUAUUGACUGAAAGGAUUGGAAGACUGGGUGAACCCUCAGAGGUGUCGAAAAACACUGGUUUUCUUUCAGGAUGACCAUCUUAUGCAAUACUGACUGACGGAUUAAAAUGCUCUUUUUAACCUGACAUUGAGAAAAAAAGAAGCUUUUGAGGGAAAAUAAGCUUUUGCAUGUUUCUUCCAAGGUUCAGAUGAAUGCAUUAAUUACUCUAUGCUGCCCAUAAACUGCAGAAGAUGUUUGUUAUUCUGUCAAGAUGAAGAAUCAUUGUUGUCAUGAGUCCUCUGUAAAUCAUCACUGCAUCUCUUGCUGAAGUAAACAGCCUGUUCUCCCUAAACUAAUGUCUUAUAUAAAGUGAUAAAAAAAGAAUUUAAGUUGAAAUAAUAAGGUGAGGGGGCAGAAGAACAUGCUUACAUAGCUGAGAAAUUAAAAUAUUACUAAUCCUUGUGCCAGAAUGACACAGACUGAGAUCUUCACCCAUGAGCUGUUUUUUGCACUGAUGCUGCUCUGUUCUACAUACCAUUUUUAAGGUGCAGCAGAUGCUCUUGCACUUCUCACAGUUUGAUCGCCUUGGAUCUUCUUAUAAGAGUGUAUUUGGGAUAAAAAGUCUGACCUGGACUUGAACACAUACAUUUUUCCCUGGAGGAGAAGGCGCUGACUGCUGAAGAGUUGCUCGUGCACCUUCAAGUGAGCAGCUGUGCAACACUGCAGACUGCAUGCCGAGUGCAAGCAUUUUCUGCUUUACCAUUCAUGCUGUUUUUGUACAACUGCAAAUCUCCAAGCCAAACUUAUUUAUUGCUUUACAUGAAAAAUGUUUCACAAAAGAAAGACGUGUCCAGACAGCAUAAUAGAGACUUUGGAUACUUUGCUGCUUCAGACAGAACUCCGAACACGUGGAUGGACUUGCAUGAGCUACAAAAUAAAACUUUAUUCAUACAUGCGUGAA